UGCGCAUUCUCAGACGGGCUCGGGCUGCGGCCGGACAUGUUGAUGUUGUUGUGGUGCUGGAGCUGCGCCGACAACCCCUGAGCGCCCGCGGAUCUCCACGCAGCCACUGCCGCCGCCCUCGGCUAUGGGGCGGCCGAGCGGGCGGUGCGGCUGAGGCCCGGGGGCCGGUCCAGGCUGGGUGGCGCCACUGCUGCUCCCGCUCUCCCUUCCGUCAGCCGGAACCCGGCCGUGGCCGUGCGAUGGCGGCAGCGGGCUGAGGGAGCAUGGCGCGGGCUCGGCUCCGGCUCCGGCUGCGGCUGCGGCUCCACGGUGCGGCGGCGGCCGGAUCCAGAUCGGCGCCGGGACCGGGCCCGCGGCACCGCUCGGCGCUCCUGCCUCCCGCCAAGCUCUUGGGCUUCCUUUGCCGUUGAGAACUGGGUCACACACAGACAAGAACUCAUUCCAGGAAAGCUUUCUUUGACAGUCUGGAUCAAGCAGGAAUGGAGAGCAACUGAGAAAGAGCAGAGGGCUCCUGCUUUCUGUUGUGCCUGAAGUUUUGAUUUCUUUUUCGAUCCAUGAUGUACAGACAUCAGGAGGAAGGAAGUCCGUGUGUUAUUUCUAGCUCUGAGGAAGCACUUGUAAAUCGUAACCAAAAGAGUUCUAGUGAGACACUGGGAGCGCUAGAUAAACCAUGUUUAUCCGAAUGGACCACUUUGGUAUGGCCUCACAAGUUUUGGUUUGCCCACCACACAUCUAUCAAACUCAGACAAGUGCCUUUUGUAGUGUGAAGAAGCUGAAGGUUGAGCCAAGCAGUUGUGUGUACCAUGAAAGAACUUAUCCACGGACUUACCUAAACGGACGGAACCUUGGGGUUGUCCACCCUCCUCACCUGGCCGUCUCUUCCUUCCAGUUGAAGGACUCCGCUGGCAGAGCUCGUGGACAGAGCGUCUUGGUGGCGGCGGGUGCGAUUGCAUUGGACCCACUGUGCGCCGCUGGGGUCACAGCAACGCAGCAGCCUCUGGCAGUGGUACCGCAGGGCGAGAGGCCAGGAGGCCGUCUGACCUCGCUAGAGAGCUACCAGCGAUGUGGGCUGAAGAGAAAAAGUGAGGAGCUCGACAACCGAGGUAGCGCCAUGCAGAUUGUAGACGAACUGCCGAUAAUGCCGGCGAUGUUGCAGGCGGGUGUUGGGAACCCGGUUACUGUUGUGACCACUGCCCCUAAGCAGAACAGUGCAAGCGGAGAUGGUGAUUACCACCUAAUGCAGCACGAAGUGCUGUGUUCGAUGAAGAAUACCUACGAGGUCCUCGACUUUCUGGGGCGCGGGACCUUCGGCCAGGUGGUAAAGUGUUGGAAGAGGGGUACAAAUGAGAUUGUGGCGAUAAAGAUCUUGAAAAACCACCCCUCGUAUGCACGGCAAGGGCAAAUCGAAGUCGGCAUCUUGGCACAGUUGAGUAACGAAAAUGCGGAUGAGUUUAACUUUGUGCGUGCCUACGAGUGCUUUCAGCACCGGAAUCAUACGUGUUUGGUAUUUGAGAUGUUGGAACAGAAUUUAUAUGACUUUUUAAAGCAGAACAAGUUUAGUCCUUUGCCCCUAAAAGUGAUCAGGCCAAUCUUGCAGCAAGUGGCCACUGCACUGAAUAAACUGAAGAGCCUUGGUUUAAUCCACGCGGACCUCAAACCAGAGAAUAUCAUGCUGGUCGAUCCCAUUCGGCAGCCUUACCGGGUUAAAGUAAUCGAUUUUGGAUCAGCCAGCCAUGUGUCCAAAGCCGUAUGUUCGACGUAUUUGCAGUCACGGUAUUACAGAGCGCCAGAAAUUAUAUUGGGUUUGCCAUUUUGUGAAGCCAUAGAUAUGUGGUCACUGGGAUGUGUGAUUGCUGAGCUCUUUCUUGGAUGGCCUUUGUAUCCAGGAGCACUGGAAUAUGACCAGAUACGUUAUAUUUCUCAAACACAAGGAUUACCAGGAGAUCAUUUACUAAAUGUUGGGACAAAAACGACGCGGUUUUUCUCCAGAGAAACCGACGGAGCAUAUACAGGGUGGAAAAUGAAGACUCCAGAAGAGCACGAAACGGAAACAGGAAUGAAGUCGAAGGAAGCCAGAAAGUAUAUCUUUAGUAGUUUGGAUGAUAUAGCGCACGUGAACAUGGUGUUGGAUUUGGAGGGAAGUGACCUGCAGGCGGAGAAGGCAGACCGCAUGGAGUUUGUCAGUCUGUUGAAGAAGAUGUUGCUGAUUGACGCUGAGAAGAGGAUCACUCCGGUGGAGGCGAUGAGCCAUCCCUUUGUGGCCAUGCAGCAUCUACUGGACUUUCCACACAGCAACCACGUCAAAUCCUGUUUCCACAUAAUGGAUGUCUGCAGAUGGAGGCCAAGCUUGUACGACAUGAUAAACCGCAAUAAGAUGCCAUUCGUGAGAGCUGUUGCCUCGAACAACACAGCAAACCUGACAGUGGCUUUCAAUAAAAUGGGCUCAGUACCCAGCCAGCAUCUACCACCAUCUGGAGCAUCCCUAGUACACCAGGGGAUUCCGAUGCAGUCUGGAGCUGCUCAGUUUGGCUGCAAUGAAUCCUUCCAGCAGACGCUUAUCCUGUGUCCACAAACACUUCAAGGCAUCCCAGGUAACCCCGGUAAACGCACAGGAUUUUCGGUCCGGAUGGACAACGCCGUGCCUCUCGCAACACAGGCUCCAACCAUGCAGCCGCUCCACCUGCGGCCCGGAGUACUGGCCCAGGCAUGGUCCAGUCGAAGCCAACAGAUACUCGUCCCCACCUGGCACCAAGUUACGGCAGUGGCGCCCACCACGACAUCGCUUCCAUCUGAUUCUGUGGCUGGUCCACAGAGACUUGGCGACUGGGGGAAGGUGCGUGCGCCGGGCAGCUGUUACAGUUCCACAUUGCCACAGCAUCUCAUAACCAAUCAGAUGGCACUGUCGGGCGCACAGCCCAUUAACGUGGGGAUCGCACAGGUGGUCUGGACCCAGCCCUGUGCCAGCAACAAGAAGAGGAUCAGGCACUGUCAAAAGAGGAGCAAUACAAUGUCACAGAACGGCCUGCAGGGCACGACAACGGCUUCCCCAAAGACCGCCAGCAGACCGAAGGCUGCCAGUGCUGGGGGCUGCCCCGCGGCACAGGACAAUCAGAACAGCAAGGGCGACAGGGGCUUCUGCUGCCCAGAAACGGUGGGCCCACAUCUGAACGGCAACCAGCAACGCCAGGCCAUUGUCAUCGCCGACUCGCCGAGCCCCACUGUCAGCGUCAUCACCAUCAGCAGCGACACGGAUGACGAGGAGGCUUCCCAAACCCAUUCCCCUGGAGAUUGUAAAGGCAGCCCAGACUGCGAAGCCUGCCAGAGCACGCUGAACAUCGACCGCGUGUGUUCAUUGAGUAGUCCGGACAGCACCUUGAGCACGAGCUCAUCUGAUUCCGCGCAUUCCAGCCCGUCUCCCUGCAAGAGGCCAAACAGCAUGUCGGAGGAUGAGCGGGAGAUCAGCUGCGACACUGUGGAUGGAUCGCCGACCACUGACCCACCUGGCCAGAGCGAGAGUCCCUUCCUGGAGGAGCGAUUGCUCCAGGACGCUGCCAACCGGAACACAGCUGGCCUGGGCUCCAAGGCAGCGGACAGCACCAAGCCCGCUGGGCGCAGUGUGGUGGCGCAGAACAACAACUCCAUCUCUGUGACGGACCUCAGUGAGCGGGUUUCAAACUCAGAUACGACGAGGCGGUCAGGGACAAAGCGCUCAUCAGCUCCUGCAAGAAUAAACCAACUCUCAUCCACAGGGAUUCGCCAGCAGAAGUCCUUAUCAGCAUUCCAACAGCAACCCAUGAAUUUUGGUCAGGUUCAUCACCACAGAUCGAUGCCUCAGGAAUGGAGUGGCAGCUAUGGACCCCGCAGGCAGCAGGCCUUCGCUGGCACACACCCCUUCUCCCUGGCCCACGGGAGCCCCAACCACUCCGCUGCCCACGGGCACCUGUCAGCGGCUGCCCACCUCGGAGGAGGGCAACCUGCCCUCCUGUCCUAUCCUCCAUCGGGGCCGCUGGGCACUGCCGCUCCCAUGGCACACAUCCUGGCCUCGCCCGGUGCCUCAAGGGCCGUGAUGCAGCCAGCGGCAUACAGCCUCUCUCACCCUGGCGGUCUGCUGCACCAGGUACCCCUGGGCCUGGUAUCACGCCGACUGCCCUCACCGGCCGUCCACCAGAACCACUAUAAGCCCCUGUUCCACCCUCACUCCUACGUUGCCGCCUCCCCUGUCUACGCCGGGUUUCCGCUCAGCCCGACGAAACUCAGCCAGUACCCUUAUAUCUGAAGAUUACAGAACAAAGCAGAAAGAAAAAAAACGAUCUCUGGUCCAGUCAUGUAAAGCUUCUGGAACGGAAGGAACACAUUACCAAUUAAAAGAGAGAAAAAAAAUUCCAAGUCAUGGCACAAGAAAGUCAACUUCUUUGUGUUGUUUUUAAUCAUGGCGGAAACAGUGGUUCAUAAACAUGAAAGGCCAGGCUCUGAAUCAAAUCCACUUCUGAUGUGUCUGUUUGCACAGUCGAUGACGUAACUGUUCGCCGUCACCCGGGCUCCGAGGAUCUGCAAAGCAGCCACAGAGUGUGGGGCAGGAGAGGGAGAGAGAAAAAGAAAGUGCUCUCUUCCGUAUGCGUUGCCUUUGGUGCAAGACACGAGAAACCCACAUAAACGCACACACACAUGUGAAGCCAUGCUUCUAACACAGCUGGCACACAUUAUGUCUGCCGUGUGGUGUACACGCUAAUAUCAUGGUGGUUGUCUCGAACCCCCCCCCCCCCACUGUGUCUUUGAUGUUUAUUCAGUGUUGAAUCAUUAAUCUGAAACGGGGUGGGGUGACCCUGUGCACCUUGCAUGCAUUUCGCAUGGGCAAGCAUUGCCUAACGUUGGGGACUUUUUUUGCUCUUCAACGUCAUUCAUUGAUGAUGGUUUCCACACACGUAGUGCCUUAAAUAUUCUGAGGUUGUUAAUGUUACUACUAUGUAAUGGACUGUAGCACUUAAAAAAUCUUAUCUAAUCCAGUGAUUGGAAUGAAUUAAAGAGGGAAGUGUUGGGGAAGAGUUAUUAACGUAUUAGAAUUUGGGGUUUGGUGUGUCGUAUGCUUAAUCUCUUUGAGAAGUGGAAAUUGUUUUAUAUUGUACCUCACUUGCCGUGGGCCAAUCCUCUUUUUUUCUCCUCUCUGGAUGGUUUAAAAAUAACUUCACAAGCAUAGAGCAAGAAAGAGCAUAAGAAAUUGGCUGAGGCGAUUUGAUCACUGGUUUUGACUUAAGAUUAAACUCGUAUAAUAAGCAGUGUUUAUACUGUCAGAGAAAAAAAUAAUCUGCAAUACUGUACAAUCCAAAUAGUGUGCUUUUGUGCGUGUGAGAGAGUGAGUGACUUUUUUUUUAAAGAAGUUUGCAGUUAAUGGAACAUAGUGAAAUUAUUAAAUUUCUGAUGGCACGGCUUUAAUUAGAUAACUGAGAAGAAUGCAAUUCAUUUAAAUCUAUCUCAUGAGGUGGUUUCUCUUUAGCUUGGGCUGUACGUGCAGUAUUUGAUAUAAGUAGUAAUAUAAUAAUUCGUACUGAAGCUUGAUGAGGUGCAGGUUUAUAGUAUGCAAUGUUAUCAUUUAUGCAUGUGACAAAUUUACCCUCUUCCUUCACCCUUCCUCGCUCUGGGGGUUGGGGAGACGUGGUGAGUUUGAUCUCCGAAGCUCGUUCUUGUGUGUCCACUCGCUUAUUUUUUAUACAUUCCGUCAGGGAAGAUAAAGAAAACGGCGCGCUCUGCGGUUGAGGUGUGGCGCCGGGAGGAGCGCGAGCCUCUCCCGAGCGAUGAAGUUGCUUUGCACAAGCACCAAAGACCUUUCUCCUCUCAUCCCCAUUUCCUUAGCGAAGUUUGCUACUCUGCAUAGACCUCAAAAUGAAAAAAAACUCAAAACUAAAAGUGCGUGGCAGAAGGAGAGAGAAUUUACAAAAUUUAAAAAAAAACUUUUUUUACUAAAAAAGAUGAUUUCAAAAAAAAGUUUGAGGCUAUGUUUUAGCUCCUGAGGCAAAUUAUAAAUUGUAUCUUUUAUCUUGAAUGUAUCAUAAAUAAGCUGCUAUUAUAAUGAUUGCCACUUCAAAUAGCUGUGAACUAGAUGAACAUUAAUUUCCUUAGCCUUCUCAUUUCUGUAAGUCUAAUUACAUUAAGUAGAAAUGGGUUUUAAUUAAUUUGGCGUUAAUGUUUGGAGUGUCUUUGUAACUACUGUAUUGUAAAUGAUGAAACUUUAAUUGCUCUUUUCAUUUUGGGUGUGUGUUUUGGCAUCAGUAUUUUAACCUCUGUAAAUCUGAGUUCAUUACUGCAUAUAAAUGGAUGUAUUGAUGUAACUUGAUUUUACGUUUUCAUAUCGGCAUUGUGUUAGUGAAUCGGAAUUACUGUAGCUUGCAGAAUUGACUUAACUUUUUUUUUAAUGAAUUGUUUUUUUACUAACAGUUCACUAUUGCAAUCCACAGAAUCCUUUAGCAAUCUAGUGGAGAUCGCAUACCUGAUUUCUGCAAAGCUAUAUUGACAUUAAUAUGUGUUUCAAAAUGCAGAUCCUUAAGUAUAAUUAAAAAACAGCACCAGUUUGAGUUUAAUAAGCUAGUUUUGGGAACGACUAUUCUUGGACAGGUGGGGCUGAAGUUGGUUUUACCUUUGAAUAAGCAGGGCAGUGUUUUAUUUAAUAUCAGCCUUUAGUCAUAGCCAUGGACAACAAUGUGCCUAAAUGCAAAAAGGCUUUUAAACCGCAGAGCAGUUGUACAGUUAAGUCACAUUUAUAUAGUACCUCUUGUGAAAUUUGGUGCUUUCUAGCAUAGUUCUAUUUUUAUCAACAGACACCAUACGUUUGUAAAAAAACUUAGAAAAGAACUCUAAAUACUGUCAGGAUGAAAAGGAAUGAGCUAGCACAGGUUGGAAAGGCCUUAGCUCUGUCAAACGAUACAACCAUAAAGCCUAAAGACUUCAACAAAGCAUUGCAUUGAAAUAGUUUCACUGGUGGAUGCCUUAAGUGAUUCUUAAAUAAGACACUGAGAUGCAGGGAUCAAGCGAAGUGGGACGGACAGGCAAACCACAUUUUAAAUCCAGAAUGUAUUUUACAGGCUGAUUGGAUUUUAAAUCAUUUUUAGUCUAGCUUACUAAUCAAGUUCAGGGCCUUGAUGAGAUUGAACAUUAGAUCAUAAGACAUAGGAGCAGAUUUAGGUCUAUCCUGCCAUCCCAUCCUGGCUGAUUUAUUACCCCUCUCAACCCCAUUCUCCUGCCUUCUCCCUGGAACCUUUGAUGCUAUUACUAAUCAAGAACCCAUCAGCCUUUGCUUUAAAUUUACCCUAUAACUUAGCCUCCACCGCCCUCUGUGGCAAUGAAUUCCACAGAUUCACCACCCUCUCCUUUAAACUGUUCCUCUCUCAGCUUAAAGCUAUGUCCUCUAUAGUAUUUCUGAAUUUUUUGUUCUGACAAAGAAUGCCUCUGCUGUUUUAGUUGUAAUUGCUUUGAGCUGAUAGGGUUAUCAGUGGAAGGAUGGGGAGUGGGGUUGCAAUAGGGAGGAGGUAACCAAGACUUUAGUUUUUCCUUUAUCUUUUACUUGUCCCUCACUUUCUGCUGUACCUGCUUUCUGUCCAACAAGCACCCAAUCAUCAUUUGAUUAAGAGAGUUAAAUCAACACUGCAAGUUAUAGAAACUUGUUCAGCUUACGCCCCCAAAAAUAACUUACACUUGAUUAAUAAGUUGGAAGUGUUACUGUUAAAAGAAAUUUGUAGAUUUUUUUGUGGCUGUUUGCUUUUGAUUUUAACGCUACACUGAUUUGCCACGUAGCAAUUGCACUGUGCAAUAUUUACAAUAUGAGGACUGGGAAUUUUUUAUGGAUGUAUGUCUCUUACAAUUUGCGAUAGUAUUUCUUGCUAGUUCUCAGUGAUUUCAAUGUGACCGAGCCUCAAUAACUUCGUCACAUAAAGCGGGUUUUCCAGGUGACUCUUUUGGUGAGUGUCAAAAAAAUACGAGUUUAUGGUGUAUUAUUGUCGAAAUUCACUUUGAAUUAAAAUAUAUAUUGCUGCA